ACAACGGAGAGUGAACGAUGUUAUUUCGCCAGCAGUACACUAAUGAGGCACUUAUGGUGGAGGGCGAGACCAGAAGAUAGCCGCCAUCUUGACAGAGAUGUACACAUCUGGCUUCAAACACGAGCUGGUCGACUGGCUUGAUUCUAUCCCAGAAUACCCAAAACCUUUUGACUUUCAGAUGUCACCAAUUACUGAUCUUUGCCGGCUGAACUACAAAACCUUGUUUCCCAAUGGUACCGAGGACAUGGGCUGUUUUGGCAAGGAGGUCCUACACACCGAAGAAGAGGACGGGCCGUAAAUACUACGUGAUUCGCGUCCAGAAUUUCCAUGAUGACGAGAGGAACGACACCGAAUACACGGAGGAGAGGCGAUAUUGUGACUACACUUCAGCCAAAUCCCUUCAAACAGGGCGUUACGGAGGCGCUGUAAUGCUCUGAAGAAGAGCCAUCUCAGUGUACCUGGAAGAGGGCCCCAUUCCCUCAACGGACAUAUAUUUGCCACCAGGCGGUACUGCUUGUGACGUCAACAAAGCCGGCGAUGACUUAACCAGCUCAGCCAGAGACAUCAUGGCUUGGGCGAACUUGACAGAUGGAUCUCACUUUAAGGUACUUUUUGAUGCCCGCUGGACAUUGAAGGCGUCGGGGAUAAGGAGGAAGUGCUGGUUGUAUUCUUUAACAAACUGACCAGGAAAUGGUUCGUGCGCAGCAAGGACGGAGUUAUUCACUUAUAUGACGGUUACGCCAACGGAGGAAGCAAUGUAACUUCCAGCCUCAAGAUGUCAAUUCGCGGACUCGUUUUGGAUUAUGAGGUCAAAUCUGGGCUUUUGUAUUUGACUGAAGACUCUUUUACCGAAUCUCGCAAAGUGUUGCCAAAUUUACCCGAAUCACUGAGGGGCCUACCGCUGGCCAAAGUCGAAGCAAUAUCGAGAUUUCAUGAAAUUGAAGAACACAAGGACAAGUACGGAGUUGGAGCGAUCCCUUGUAACUUGGCCUGGUUCAAACGCUUAUCGUUUGAGAGAUUCUCCAAACAUGAUACCUGUGUUUUCUUCACGGCUGCCUCCGAAGGGGACAUAUUCAUUGUUUUCUCGGUCAUACCACGUGAUCGAACGACGUGGUACUAUUUGCAGAUUGGGCCUCAGGGAGUGGCCAUCUACAAGGGUAACAGAGUCAUGAAAUUCAUCAGCGAUGCCGAGGCACGUAGCUUGGGAGAUCCACGGCUGUAUGAGUCUUACUUUGUCUGUUUUCACGAGUUUGCUGGGGGCGACCGCCUGUCCAUUAAGUACGGGAAAACUGCUGAUAACGGGGCGGAAUCCUAUGUUUACGCCGUGUAUGAGGACGACGACCCACUGCACGUCCGGUUUUAUGCUUUUGGAAAUGGUGAGACUGAGGCGACAAUCAUGAACGUGGAACUGUUCCCUGCCUUAUCCCCGGGGACGCAGAUUUGCCUGGGAGGGACCGUACUUGAGCAAGGACGUUGUGUGGAGAAAUGCCAUCCACAGUGCAUCGGUUGCCAUAGUUCCGGAUCUGACAGCACGUGUCGGAAGUGUCGGAACUUCAAAUUUGGAGACCGAUGUGUUGAAUCCUGCCCAGCCAUGUACAAACCGAAACCAGACAGCAAAACGUGUGUGUGUGCUCUGAUGGAAGGAGGAUCCUGUGUGCAGCACUGUUCCCCCCUUAGAGUAGGAGUUAGAGCCGAAUUCGGAAGUUCACAUUGUCUGUGUCGCGUGAAAACUGAGAAGAGUGACGACUGCCUACUAGAAUGCCCCCCAGCAACAAUGCAGGUUGAGAAAAAUGGACGAAUAACCUGUUUUAACAACGUACGCCUGGUGGGCGGGAUCAAUUUGGCCAGCGGUAGGGUUGAGGUGAGGACUAAAGCAGGUUGGGGGUCAGUUUGUGACGACGAUUGGGGACACGAAGAAGCCGAGGUAGUAUGUCGUCAAUUAGGGUACUGCGGAGGAAAGGCCACCUACCGGGCCAGGUUUGGAGAAGGCACCGGGCCAAUAUUAAUGUCUUAUGUAAACUGUUCAGGUAGUGAAAACAAUCUGAACCAGUGCUCGCACAUCUUUCCUCUCAACUGUGACCACUCCGAAGACGCAGGAGUAAUCUGCAAACCGUGUGAUCUGCGGCUGACAGGUGGAGACGGCCAUCAGGGGCUGGUGCAAGUGAUGCAAGACGGUACCUGGGGGACAGUUUGUAACGUGGGCUGGGGCGAUCGCGAAGCCACCGUCGUCUGCAGACAGCUGGGCUUCUGUAAUGGAACCGCUAUCGGGAAUAAUCCAUUCGCAUCUGCGAACGGGCCAGUGUUUUACGCGAUUAUGGGAUGUCAAGGCAACGAAUCGAAUCUGAUGUUCUGCCCUCUGGGCGCGAAUCCCGGCUGUCCUCACAGGAUGGAUGCCGCCGUCGAGUGCAACGUGGAGACGCCGUGUAUGCGCUUGGUAAACGGCCCCACAGCGUUAAGCGGCCGCCUCGAAGUGAUGCUCGAUGAAACAUGGGGCAGUGUGUGCGAUGAUAGCUGGGAUAACAACGACGCUAGGGUUGUCUGUCGACAGUUAGGUUAUUGUGGCGGAUUGGCUACAAUUCAGCAGUAUUUUGGCUCCGGUUCGAUUCACCAACCAAUUCACCUAGACGAUGUUAUGUGUUCAGGGGAAGAGGCAAGUCUGUUCCAGUGUCCUUUGGAAACGUCAGUAGGUCAACACAACUGCGAGAAGAGCGAAGACGCUGGUGUCUUCUGCUCACCAUGUUAAACUAUUUUUGAUCAACUAUUCAGAUUAUCAAUAAACCUUAUUCUCCCAUUAUUUACCUGCCAGUGGACGAAAUUUAUCGGAUAAUAAAAUGUUGAUUUUCAUACUA